UUCGCCCCGGAGCCGCAUGCGGGAUGGGCGCCCUCCGGCUCCCCGCGGCGGCGCUGGCGCUGCUCCUGGCGCUGCUCUUUCCGGUCGACGCAGGCAAAAACUUCUGGCUUUUCCGGCAGCACAUCCUGCAGCAGCGGGAGAAACACGCUGCCGAGGCUUAUGGUCGCUUGGGGCUCCUGAAGCAGGGGACGGAAGGCAGGGCAUGGAGCUUUCUCGGCAGUGGCAGCAUCCGGCAGCCCCUGGACCACUUCAGCUGGCAGGACCGCCACACCUUCAACCAGAGGUUCUGGGUGAAUGCGCUUUACUGGAGGCCUGGUGGGCCGGUGUUCCUCUACAUCGGGGGCGAGAGCGCCUUAUCCAAGUAUGACGUGCUGUGGGGGCACCACGUGGAGAUGGCCAGGAAGUAUGGCGCCCUGGUGGUGGCCCUGGAGCACCGUUUCUAUGGCGCCAGCCUCAACCCCGACGGGCUGGAGGACCACAACCUCCGGUUCCUGACCAGCCAGCAAGCUCUGGCCGACUUCCUUCCCUUCCGUGACUUCAUUACCCAGAAAUAUAAGCUGACCCUGAACAACACCUGGAUUUGCUUUGGAGGUUCCUAUCCUGGCAACCUGGCUGCCUGGUUCAGACUCAAGUAUCCCCACCUGGUUUUCGCUGCUGUGGCUUCUUCUGCCCCCGUCCGAGCCCAGCUGGAUUUCACGGGCUACGACAAGGUUGUUGCCGCAAGUCUCGUGAAUCCCGUGGUUGGAGGUUCCAGAGAGUGCCUGGAGGCAGUGGCCGAGGCCUUCUUCGCCGUGGAGAGCCUGGUGCACGCCGGGCAGCUGGCCCGGCUCGCAAAGGACUUCCACUCCUGCCAGGCCUUGCAGGGGAUGGACGACUCGGUGUUCCUGCUCAGCAACCUGGCCGACUACUUCAUGGGCGCCGUGCAGUACGACGGCGAGGGCGCGAGCGAGUGGGGCUCCGUGGCCAGCGUGUGUGCCGUCAUGACCAACGCCAGCAUCGGUUCCGCCUAUCAGAGGCUGAUCACUGUCAACAGCAUAUUUUUACACCGCCUGCUGGCUCUCUGCCUGGACAGCUCUUACGCGGCGUGGCUGGAGACACUGCGCAGUACCCAGGUCCUCGAGUCAAGCAUGAUGAGGCAGUGGCUCUUCCAGACAUGUACCGAGUUUGGCUACUAUCAAACCUGUGAGGACUCUUCCUGCCCCUUCUCCCGCCUUUUGACCCUGGCGAACGAGCUCAGGAUCUGUUCGGCAGUCUACAACGUUUCUGCCAGCAGCGUCCGGGAAGCGGUGACCUUCACCAAUGACUACUAUGGGGCCGACCACCCCAAAGCGUCCCGCGUCCUCUUCGUGAACGGUGACAUUGACCCUUGGCACGUGCUCAGCGUCCUCCAGAAUCAGACCCGCUCCGAGCGGGCCAUUCUAAUCAGCGGCACGGCCCACUGUGCCGACAUGCUGGCAUCCACGCCCUCGGACCCGCUGCCCCUUGUCCAGGCCAGAGAGCAAAUCUCCGCCCAGGUUGGCCAGUGGCUGGAAUUGGCCAGAAGGGUGCCCCAAGGCCUCUGAGGGACCAGGGGGAAGGCUGGUGGCGCCAGAGCAUCUCGCCGGGAAGACCAGCUUGGAACCGCCCUGAGCGCGAAGGCCUCCCUCGAGAUCUUUAUGGCACUGCAAUCAUUGUCCUUUUUAAUUUUCUGUACACUUUCCAUUGCCAUUACAUUUUUAUAUAUAUACAUACAUACAUACAAACAAACAA